AUGUCUAAUACACGAUUGGUGCUGCUUAUUUUAAGUAUCUUUGCUAGUACACUUAUACAAACCAUAUGCAAUGCUCAAUUUACUAAUAUUGAUGAAGAUACUGGUUGUCCAUUGAAUGUCAAUCAUGAAUGUGAAAUAUGUGCUGUAGAUCAAAAUCGUUUAGGAUGUUAUUGUGAACUCACUAAUGGCGAUGUAAUUAUUACUGCUAAUAUAUUCACAAAAUGUCCAAUCGAAAAUCUGGAUCCUUGCAGUAAUCAUUCAUGUAAAAAUGGAGCUACAUGUGUUAGUGAAGGUUUGACUAAUUAUAAAUGCAAUUGUACUCAAGGUUUUGGCGGUCCAUUAUGUAAUGAAACAUUACCAAAGUGUUCUGAUCCAAAUAUAAUUUGUUUAAAUGCUGAAUGUAUUGAAACAAAUGAUCAUGAUAUACCUGUUUAUUGUCAAUGUUAUGAUGGUACACGACGUGAUCCAAGACAGAAUGAUUCAUGUCCAUUAAGUCCAUGUUAUGAGAAAGAUACUGAAAAUCCAGUCUGUAAACAUAAUGCUACAUGUCGAAUUAUUAACAAUGGAUAUUUCUGUGAAUGUACAGGAGGUUAUGCAGGUCAAACUUGUAUAAAAUCUCUUAAAAGACCACUCUGUGAAGAAUCACCAGGUGUUUGUGGUGAAGGAAAAUGUCAACAAUCACUGACACCACCAUUUUAUUCAUGUAAUUGUGGUAAUCAUCCAAGUACAUUUGGUAAAACAAUUACCGAAUUAACUAAAUGUGAAGAAAGUGGUUGUUAUGCAAUAAAUCCAUGUCAAAAUGGCGGAACAUGCAGUAAUAAAGGUGUAGGCGCUUUCAUUUGUCAAUGUUCUUCCCGUUUUACUGGUACUAAAUGUGAAAAAUUUUCUGCUUGUCAUACUAAUCCAUGUGUAAAUAAUGGCAUUUGUGAAGCAUUCAAUGAAACCGUAUAUUUCUGCAAAUGUCCACCAUAUUUUACUGGUCAACGAUGUGAAACUCCUGUACCUGAUCCAUGCCAAGGAAAAUCAUGUGGAGCUUUUGGUGAAUGUCGUGAUAUUCGAGGUACUGCAAUAUGUUACUGUAAUGAUGGAUUACAUCUUGAUGGUUCACCUUGUGAAGACCCAUGUCUUAAUAAAACUUGUGGUGUAGGUGUAUGCACAAAAAGUCCCAAUGCCACGUAUGAAGCUAUAUGUUCAUGUCCCAUAGAUCGUACAGGAGAAUCAUGUGAAAAACCGCGAGAUGUAUGUCGAGAAGCUCCUCGUUGUGGUGGUGGAUAUUGUAAACCGAAUUAUCAGUCUGUUCGUGGUUAUGUAUGUGUAUGUGAAGGAGGUUCGGUUAGCAAUGAACCAUGUCCAUUUUCAUCAAGUAAAUCAUUUCGUUUUUAUGAUAUUGAUUUUAUUAGAUUUGUAUAUUCACUUAUAGUUUGUCCAAUCAAAGAUUGUGGAACAGAUGGUAUUUGUGUAGAAACUGAUGGUAUUGUAACAACUCCUGGUGGCAGACCAAUCUUUUACGUUUGUCAAUGUAAGAAGGGAUAUAUUAGUUCGGGCGAUUGUAAUGGAUUACUCGCUACAGACGUUCCAGCUGCUGCAACUAGAUGUGGACCUAAUGGCAGACCAUAUCCAAGUCGUAAUCCAAAUAAUCCAAUCGGAUGUUGGUGUAAUAAUGGUACACAUAUUGAAGAAAUUGAUGUAAAUGGUCCAUCAUCAUACUGUCCUUAA